AUGGCCGCCGCCAAUAUCCUCACAGUCAUCCGCCAAGCGAGCGGAAAGGGCGCCAUUGCGACGGUCACGGUCUCCCGGCCCUCCAAGCUCAACUGCGUCAACUCGCAUUUGCUCGCGCUUUUGACCAAAAAGAUGAACAAUAUCUCAGAGGAGCACGCGGGGCUCCUCGCCGUUAUCUUGACCGGUGAUGGUGACAAGUCCUUUAUCGGCGGGGCCGACAUUAGUGAAAUGGCAGCGUUGAAAUCCCCGGUGGCUGCUCGUGAUUUCAUUACAAAAGUGCACAAGGCCUGUAAAAGCAUUCGGGAUUGCCCGGUACCUGUGAUCGGGCGCAUCAAUGGGUACGCACUCGGAGCUGGCCUCGAGAUUGCAGCGAGUUGUGAUUUUCGAGUCGCUAGCCAGAAUGCGAUUUUUGGGAUGCCCGAGGUCAAUGUUGGUAUACCUAGUGUCGUUGAAGCAGCCCUACUACCGGGCCUGAUCGGGUGGGGACGGACGCGUCGUCUUCUUUUGCUUGGGGACAAUAUAUCCGCCGUCGAAGCUCUGCAGUGGGGUCUUGUCGAAAAGGUGGUCGAGCCGGACCGUCUGGACCACGCGUUGGAAGAGUGGGUUCGACUGCUUGAUAGAAGUGGACCGCAGGCCGUUCGUCGGCAGAAGAAGCUCAUCCGACAGUGGGAACAGCUUGGCUUGGACGAAGGCAUCGCAGCUGGUAUUCCGGCGUUUGAAGGGUCAUUUGAGAAAAACGGCGAGGGCCCGCGCAUGCUGUCUGAGUUUUUCAGGAAAAGACAGAAUGCCAGUACAAGUAAAGGUUGA